CGACCAACCCCCGCUCCCCGAGGAGAGGCGGGCAGGCGCCGUACCUGGCGCCCUCUGCCCGGGGAGGAGCGCGCCUCUCCGUCCCGACCCCGGCGGCAGCGGCAGCGGCACGGCGAGCAGCAUUGUUCUUAAGUGGAGUCACGGCUCUUCCGCGCCUCGCCCUUCUAUGACAAGUGACAUAUUUUGGUGCAGUCCUUGUGGAUGGACCUGUGAUGGUGAUCUGCAGGGCUUUGGUGUGAUAGCAAUGGUGGCAGCAGCUCUCCAAACACUGCGCUAUUGCUCUUCAUGGUGCUGGGAUCCCAGGAGGACUUUGGCUUAAGUUUUCUUUCUCCUCCCUUCCUUCCCGUCAAGGACACAGACUUUGGCUAUAUUUUUCAUAAUUGUGUGAAGCUAGAAACCUGACGGAUGCCUGUGCCACCUCCGCCGCCUCCUCCUCCACCACCACCUCCACCACCUUCUGGAGGGCCCCCUCCACCACCACCACCUCCGGUGAGUUCAGAACUGCCCAAAUUGCAAAAGGAUGAGCAGAAAGCACGAAACGCGCUGUUGGCUGAUAUCCAGCAGGGAACUCGCUUAAGAAAAGUGACUCAAAUCAAUGACAGAAGUGCACCACAGAUUGAAAAACCCAAAGGAAGUAGCAGAGAUGGAGUUAGCCCAGCCAUUAAUAAGGGUGGCUCUCAGCAGCCCCUGGGAGGCUUAUUUGCUGGCGGCUUUCCCGUUCUCAGACCAGCAGGCCAGAGAGACAUGCCAGGAGGGAGGCCUGGGCAGCUUCCUGGAGUCCGGGCAGCGGUUCCCAAGGCCGCAGCCCCACCGAACAGCGCUGCAAAGGCAGGCAGUAGCCCCUCAAACCCAUCCGACAGCCCCUGGCCAGCCGUCCCGCCGGAGCCUCCCAGCACCUCCCGGGCUGGCACCGCACGGCCCAGCCUGCCUGCGCCUCCUCCGCCACCUCCAGCUGCCAGCAAACCUUCCCUCACCUUCCCUCCUCCUCCGCCUCUUCCCCCUCCGGCAGAAAGGCCUACCAAGGGGGGAUCCCCCAACUCUGUUCCUCUGCCCCCGCUCCCUCCCCAGGCCGACAAGCCCACAAAGUUGCCAGUAGGUGCUUCGCAACUGCCUCCUCCUCCUCCUCCCUUACCCCCCUGUGGAUUUCCAGCCAGGACGACCGAUUUCUCCACUGCUGCUUCCUCCCCAUCAGAAGCGAGGGAUUAUCCACCUCCCACACCACCGCCGCCAGCUCCUCCUCCACUCCCCGCAUUUCCCCCAACCUCGAACAGGCUCUCCUUCCCACCCUCCCCAGCCAUCAGCAGUGCUGGGAGUGGUGGUGACGUGCCCCCACCACUGCCCCCCAAGUCUCCCCACUUGCUGUCCCAUCUGCAUAAACCCAGUAAUAUUCAGUCGCUCCCUCUCCCUCCCACCCCACCCCUUCCUCAGCCAGCAGCGGUGGUGGAGACCAGGAAGAAGAGACCAGGCCGAGGCCCAGGAGCUGGUGCUGGGAAGCUUGCCAUUCCUCCACAGCCACCUGCCAGGUCACCAACAACUGAACUCACAAGCAAGUCUGGAGUCUCAGCCUGGGCAACAGUUCAUGACCCCUACCCACCACUCAAAAAUGGAAAUAUGCAUAUUAUUGAUGACUUUGAAUCUAAAUUUACUUUCCAUUCUGUGGAGGAUUUCCCCCCACCUGAUGAAUUCAAGCCAUUUCAGAAAAUAUAUCCCAGCAAGAUACCUAGAGAUCCCUCUAAAAAUCCACCAUUAAGAACACACGUGAGAUGAGAAGAAUCAUCUGAUCCUUUCUGGACUGGUAUUAAAGAAUGGAGAACAUCAAGAUAAUAUACAGAACUGAAGGGUCCCCGUUACAGCGAUAGAAAUUACAUUUGGAUUGCAAGUGCUGCAAUGUUAACAUUUUUAUAAGCUGAAAGAGAGAUGUAAAUGAUACUUUUGGAAGUACUUUGUGGCAUACACACCACAAAAGUGUUAGCAUAGGCUUUUAAAUAUUGUAUAUAUGUGGAUAUUUUUUAAAUGAAGAAGCAUAAAAUUUAAAAUCUUUGUAGUGUUCAGACAAUUCUUAUUAAGCUGAUAUGUUACCUCAAAGAAUACUUUUUGCAUGAUGUGCCUGUAGUUCAUUUUUCCUCUUCCAUCUUCAUUUUUAAAUAUUUUAGUAAUCCUUCAGUUAUUAUUCAGACAUUUUUCCAUGAGCUGUCAGAAGCUAACAUGACAUGUUUAGUUUUUUUGUAUGCUUUUUGACUUCUUCUGUUCUACUUGUGUUCAGAUUGCAACAGAAUGGCACUUUCAAGAACAGAAAGGCCCAUAAUAAUCCUCAUCAAGCAUGAAGAGAAAGGAAAUCAGGGGUUGUGGCAGCUGCUGAGCUACCUCCUAUUAAUUACAGAUCCCUAUAGGAUAGCAAACAUGUCUGAAGAAACCCAGCUGGUAGGGUGGCCACAGACCUGACAAAGAUGACAGAACUUUUCCAGAAUGGCUAAAGAAAGAGGAAGCACACCAUAUAGAAUAAGGAGUCCCUAAGAUUGUGAUUCCUGUUAAAUGAAUUGGUUGAAAAAAAAAAGCAAGGCAGCCAGGGAUGAGACUCGAGCUUCUGCUUUUAAGAUGCAGUAGUGAGAUGUUUGUUUGGCUCACUGAUGUUCAGAUCACACAAUGUCUACUUCCAGCAGGAAUCACACAAAUGCAGCAUUUCACUGUAUUAGGAAGAGCUGCCACCAGCUUGUGGGAAGUGAUCACUCCUCUCUACUCAGCACCACUGAAGGCUUAUCUGGAGUGUUGUGCCCAGUGCUGGGCUCCCCUGAACAAAAGAGACAUGGACAUACUGGAGAGAGUCCAGCAUAGAGCCACCAAGAUGAUGAAGGGACUGGAGCAUCUCUCCUGGCAGGAGAAGCCAUCUAUCUAUUCUAUCUCUUCUAUCAGAAGUCCUCUGUCUUUUAUCAGGAGUAGUCAACAUGGAUUCACCGAGGGGAAAUCAAGUUUGACCCACCUGGUAGCCUUCAACGAUGACAUGACUGAGUGGGUAGAUGAGGGGAGAGCAGUGGAUAUUGUCUCCCUUGACUUCAGCAAGGCUUUUGACUCUGCUUCACAUAGCAUUCCCAUAGUUAAGCUUAGGAACUGUGGGAUAGAAGAUUGGACAGUGAGGUAAACUGAGAACCAGCAGACUGGCAGAGCUCAGAGUUGUUAUCAGCAGCGCAGAGUCUAUUUGGAGGCCUGUAACUGGUGGUGCUCCCCAGGUCGUGUUCAACAUCUUCAUUAAUGAGCUGGAUGAAGGGAUAGAGUGCACCCUCAGAAUGGUUACUAAUGAUAUGACAGUGGGAGGAAUGACUGACAUCAGAAGGCUGCGCUGCUAUUCAGUAAUACCUCAAGAGGCUGGAGUUGGGCAGAGGGGAACCUGAUGGGGUUCAACCAGAGGAAGUGUAGAGUCCUACACCUGAGGAGGAAUAACCAUAUGCAUCAGUACAGGUUAGAGGCUAAGCUGCUGGAAAGGAGCUCUACAGAAAAGGACUUACUUUUUCUGGUAGACAACAGGUUGGUCAUGUGCCAUAGUGUGCUGUGUGGCCCAGGUGGUCAGUGGUAUCGUGGGAUACAUUAAAAAGUGUGGCCAACAGGCUGAGAGAGGUUCUUCUCUCCCUAUACUCUGCCCAGGUGAAGCCACAUCUGGAGUACUGUGUCCAGAUCCAGGCUCCUCAGUUCAAGAAAGACAGGGAACUUCUGGGAGAGAGUCCAGUGGAGGACUGCAAAGAUGAUGAGAGGCUUAGAGCACCUCCCUUGUUAGAAAAGUCUGAGAGCUGGGACUAUUCACAGCCUAGAGAAAGAAGACUGAAAGGGGAUCUUACCAAUGCUUAUAAAUCUCUAAAAAGCAGAUGUCAAGAGUAUGGAGCCAGGCUCUUUUUGCUGGUGUCCAGCAAUGGGACAAGGGGCAGCAAGCACACAGUAGAAUAAAGGAAUUUCCAUGCGAAUAUGAGAAAGAACUACUUCUGGGGUGACAGUAUUAGAACUGGGCUUCCCAGAGAGUAUAGUCUCCUGCUAUUCCCAUUUAACAGCUAGGUUAUUUAUGGUUAUUUUAUGAUUUAUUUCUAGAAAUACCACAUUUUACACCGGCAGCUGUUAAAAAUAUUAUAAAUGGUAGGUGGAGAUCCUUCCCCAUGGCUAUUCCUUUGGACAACAGCAUUUAGAAAAGACAGGUAACUACACCCUUAGAUAUCUCUGCUUUUCUGUUAGUUCUUGUAACAGCUCAGUUAUGCUAUGACUCCUAUUCAUAGAAUCAUAGAAUCACAAGCUUGGAAAGGCCCUACAAGAUCAUCUAGUCCAACUGUACUCCUAUCACCAUUACUACCCUAAGCUACUAAACAAUAUCUCGCAGCACCUCAUCCAUAUAUGCAUGCAUGCUUACCAUGUGCAGGUGCUGUAAGGGUAAGAAGCAUUUAAAUAUCUUGCCUGUAGGACUCCAAAGAAGCAUCAUUAGUCUUUUACGAUACCUCGUUCUUCAUGUCAAAAGAAAAAAAUCAGCAAUGCUUUGACCAACGCUUUCUGUUACCAGUAUUAUAGUUACUAAUACAUUUGCAUGGAUGUAGUAAUAAGCAGGGAUCAGCAUUGCUUCUCAAACAACUGGAAAAUAAGUUUAAUACUGUAUUAAAGAAUAUUUUGCUCUAUUAUUAUUAAAAAUUGAUGUACUGCUGAUUUUCAUGUUUUGGAACUCGUGUACAACUCUGCAAUAAGUAUCUUCAUAAAUAUUUGAAAACUAUAUAUAGCUCAGACCACAUGCCAGAAAAUAUCUAAUGGAA